ACCAUCGACGUCACCACGCAUCCCGAACUUAUGUCUGAAACAAAGGUCAGCAGCAGCAGCAGCAGCAGCAGAGAGAGCGAAAACCAAUGUUAGCGGACGAGACUGGCCCCACGCAGGGCUUUUUUUCUUCUAACGUGACCGUGGAUGUUUGGCGUGUCAGAGCCGGAGGGACGCAGCGGCUGAGUGGAGUUGACGUCAAAGCCCGUUUCCUGUCACCAUCACUGGGUCCCCUCCAUCCUGACCCAUCUGUUCCCAUCAGGCACUUCUUCCAGCUCCCGCUGUUCCCGCGGCGCAGCUCGGCUACGGGGUAAUCAGUGGGCAUCGCUCCGCGCGGUCAGCGCCUCGGCCCAGACUGAAUCAGGCGCUUCACGCUGCAGCUACCGUUAGCGAGUCCAAAGAAAAAAGAUAACACCCACCAUCCAUUGAAGAAGUCAUGCCCAUCUGGUCCCCUCAUGGCAGGGUCACUAUGACAAUCACCUUCUUCUGCUCCCAGCCGGUGUUUAUGCUGGCGUUGGCUGUGCUCCUCUGCCCAGUCAGCCAGGUGACUUGUCAGGAUGCAGGUGAGACACAGUCACCUGCCCAGGUUCUUCAGGACCUGCUGGCCCGCUACGGAGACAACAGCACCAUCACGGUGCCUCAGCUGCGCUCGCUUCUGGCCUUGCUCAGCCAGAGUCAGGGUGAAACGUCCGACCACAGCAGAGAGGAGGCAGAGACGACUACAGCUACGCCUCCCAAAACGAACAGCUCUAAGUGCUUGCCUGCAGACACGCUGGCAAUCUACAGCAUCAGCGAGCAGUCCCGGCUGGAUGGGCAGGGGCUCCAGAAGCUCUGCCCCACCAUGCUGCAGCAGCUGGAUGCUGGCACCUGCAAGGCCAGGAAGGGGGAGGAGCCAAGCCCAGACCCCUCCCCUAGACCUACAGAUGCAGAAGUGUGGGGUUAUGGGAUCCUGUGUGUGACACUGAUCUCUCUGUGUUCGCUGGUGGGGGCCAGCGUGGUGCCCUUCAUGAAGAAAACCUUUUACAAGCGACUGCUGCUCUACUUCAUAGCCCUGGCCAUUGGCACGCUGUACUCCAACGCGCUGUUUCAGCUCAUCCCAGAGGCCUUUGGUUUUGACCCCAUGGUGGACUUCUACGUGUCCAAGUCGGCGGUGGUCUUCGGCGGCUUCUACCUCUUCUUCUUCACAGAAAAAGUUCUCAAGGUUCUCCUCAAGCAAAGACAAGGGAGCCACGGCCACAGUCACUACAGCGGCGCCGACCACUACUCGUCCCCGGACAGGGAUGCUGAGGAGGGGGAGAAGCUGCAGCAGAACGGAGAAGCCGGCAGUCUGGCUCAGGGGAAAGUGGACGACGCUGAGGAGGGAGAGCUGAUGCUCAGCUCCACGCAGACGCCACAGGAGUCUCCGAGUCCAGACAAAGGGGCGCGGUCCGGCAGCCGAGGCGGCGGCUGCUAUUGGCUGAAAGGAACGACCUACUCUGACAUCGGCACGCUGGCCUGGAUGAUCACGCUGAGCGACGGUCUGCACAACUUCAUCGACGGCUUGGCCAUCGGAGCCUCCUUCACCGCCUCGGUCUUCCAGGGCAUCAGCACCUCUGUGGCCAUCCUCUGUGAGGAGUUCCCUCAUGAGCUCGGUGACUUUGUGAUCCUCCUGAAUGCCGGCAUGAGCAUCCAGCAGGCGUUGUUCUUCAACUUCCUGUCGGCCUGCUGCUGCUACCUGGGCAUGGGCUUUGGCAUCCUGGCCGGCAACAGCUUCUCCCCCAACUGGAUCUUUGCUCUGGCUGGAGGAAUGUUCCUCUACAUCGCCCUGGCAGACAUGUUUCCGGAGAUGAACGAAGUGAGUCGGGAGGAAGAGGAUGCUGGUGGCACCAGGUUCCUGAUCACCUUCGGCAUCCAGAACGCCGGGCUGCUGACGGGCUUCGCCAUCAUGCUGCUCCUCACCACGUAUUCAGGACACAUACAGCUGGGCUAGCACCGACCGUCUCAGUGGGAUUUACUGAUGGAAUCUGGGCCCAAAUGAAGGAAGGAUGAUAGAAGAUGUUAGUUUUUUUUUAGUUUGUGGUUUUGCUGUAUCUUGGGGGAGUUUUUGGGACUCGAAUGUGCGGCAGGAACGCACCGUCCGAAAUGCCCUGACAUGCAGGACAGUUCAGGCCCAUCUGCCCUCUUCCUGCAAACUGUUCCUCCCUUUUAACGGUUUAAAACUUCAACUGGAUCAGUCGACAAAGACAAAGCCAUUCUCCUUUUUAAAAAAAAAAAUAGGCUUUUGAUUCCUCUUAAUAAUGAUUAUGUCCCCCUCUUAUCUUUACUCCUUUUAUUGUUGCCGGCUUGGAUGUUACACUAAAGUUCAUGCAGAGUCAUUUAUUCCAGUGAUCCUUUGUGGAAGCAGAAAGCUGCUGUGGACCUUUUACCCAUUCGUUUGUUUCAUGCCUUCACAUUUUAAACCAAAAAACACAACUUUUGAAGGACUCUAGAUCUGGAUUUCAUUCCUCACAAACUGACUUCCAUUUGAACUUGUUUUGGCUGUGAUCAUUUAAAGAUUUAUUGCACAUGUUAGACGUGUGAAGCUGACUUUAAAAGACCAAACAUGGCGGUGAUGCGUUCUGUGAAGGGAUUUCUGACGCCUCGUUGUUUUGGUUCAUCGUCUUUAUGCAGCGAGUCGCUGAUGAUCAUGUUUAAUGGUUUUGGGUUUUCAGAUAAAAUGCAGCAUUUCUCUAUAGUUUACCAUCUGUGCCCUUCAUUUAUAUAGCUAAGAAUAGUUUUUAGACGUUUUUAUUAUUAUUAUUAUGCAUAUUCAAAUGUUCUAUUGUUUUACAGUUGUUUUUUAACAGCCUCAUGACCACAUCUGUAUUUACCAUCCUGUAUUGGAGCAGAACUUUGUGGUCAAUAAGUUCCUCCAUCAAUUUACCCCUCAGGCCUAAAAGUUUUAUGAAUGCGAUCCUUUCAUGGAUAUUUAUUCGUUAUCAAACAGUUAACUGAUCUACAAACAGGUAUUUAGUCACCAGAGGAUCUAAAAAGUCUCCACAUAACAACCAAAGAGCUGCCAGACUUUCUCCUAAAGUUUCCAUUUGGGGUUUUUUUCCUUCAAAAUUAGAACGUUUGGUCUGCUUGAGACUCAUGAAGUAGUUGGUAAUGUUUAAAUUGCAAAUAAUCAGCAAAGAGUUGCUAAUUGAUGGAUUGUUAAAUUGAUGCAUUUUCUUCUGGAAAACACCAAAUUAUCUCUGCUUUGGUUGAACAAAACUCCUUUUCUUCAGACGUCUCCUGGCAGGUUUACUUUAAAGUGUAAGCUGUUAAAAUGGGCUGGAAAAAACUCGUAUUACGUCUCCUGAAUGAGGCGAUAUGGGGCAAGGCAAUAAAAACCGAAUGAUCUUUAACGUUAGAGAGAGUUUCACAGAAACGGCACUGAAGACAUUUGCAGAGUUGCGUUCGGCUCCGGUAAAGAAAGCCCGCUGUCGUCAGAACUUCACCGCGCACAAGCACUGCCGUACGAACCGGGCUCAGAUUGAUACGGGACGUUUUACAGUAUAACGCCCACCCAGAGAUCCGGUAACUCAUUCCAUCACAACAAAUGAUCUGUUUUUAUGUAAAAGGAAUCAAUGAAAUCGUUUCAUUUCCAACUUUUAGUCCCCUGAAAACCACGUAAUGAAAAUGUUCUCCCAGGCAGGCGGUUGGUUAUUUUCUUGAUUAGCUGAUGCCUGGGCAAGAAGAAGAAGGUUUAAUUGACCUUUAGGAGGUCAUUUACAGUCAUUCAGUAAAUUAGAAUAUUUAAAAAGCUCAUCUAUUUCAGUUACUCAAUUCACUAAAAGAAACAUAUUGUAUAGAUGAACACAGACGGAUGCCGUUUUGAACCCUUUAUUUCUGUUUUUUUUUUGUUUGUUUUUUUACCACGUCCACCUAAUAGAAACACAGCUUUAAAAAUUAAGUUAUUACAUCAGAUCAAUAAAAAAAACAAAAGUUUUCAUGCAGAAAUUGGGGCUUAAUGAAAAGUAAGUUUAAUACCAGCUUAAACGUCGUUGUUUUUUUAAAGGUACUUUUUAUCUGACAAACAAGGUUCUUAGAAAUACAUAUUCUAAUUUACUGAAUAUUUCUUUAAAAUCUUAAUGCACUCGUCUCUGAGGACUUAAAUUCUCCAGUUCCCAGAAACUGCAGUAAAAACUAUUAUAUUGACUACUUAAGAUUACUUCAGCCUGAAAUAUAGAACAAUUAAGUUGAGUGCUGUAACCCUUUAACGUUUUUCUUUUUUUGUGACCUAGUCAAGAGAAAUCUUUAGACGCCAGGUGAAAAGGUUUAUGGCUGUUUAGGGAGCAGAGUGUGAUAUCCUGUAUGACUUUUUUAAUCGCGGUCUGCACCGUCUGUGUGUGUGGAUGCAGUGAGCCACGUCUCUGUCCCUUUAAACAUUCUGACAUCUUAGAAAUAAAUGGCACCGAUUUUCUUUUCUUUUUUUUCUUUAAAUACAACAAAGCCAAAAGGAUCCCAGAUCAGAUCCUACAAACCGUUCCUUAGAUCCAGUUAUUAGAUUUUAUGAGAACUGGAGAACGUUAUCGUUGUUAGAAACUUGGUGCAGUGAGUUCCUGGAUGGACAUUUAAACACACUGUGGUGUGGAAUCACUGCUGAUUGAUGAUGUGUGGGACUAUUUAUUCCUUUUUUUUAAGUAAUGACGUAUUUAUUUUGUACUUUACACUCCAAGCCAUUGCAGCAGUGAUAUUUUCUGUUUUUGUUUUGUUUGUCGUUUGCUUUGUUGUUUUGUUUGAGGGGGAAGAAAAAAAAAAACCUGGAGAAGUGAUACGGUAGAUCAUGAAAACUUGCAGCAUACCAUAUUUUGACUGUACGUUAAAACUGUACUGAAAACAGAGCAUAAGAACACGCUAAGACAUAUAUAUGUGGAUCAUUUUUCAAAGUAUUGUAUGCAAUGUAGUUUAUUGUUAGCCUUCUUUGUCAUGACAGACUUUUUAUAAAUAUUGUUUUCUAUGAAAGUC